UCGCAGCGCGCUCUCGUUUCCCGGAGCCCUGUACCAGAGGAAACAAUGGCAGCACCGGGCACCGCAUGACUGUAGGGAGAGGAAGGCACUGACAGGGCACGGGAGGGAGGAUGCCUGGUCCAGCACAUCAGGACCAGUGAGUGUCUCCUACCCCCAUCAGCCGCCUCCUCCUGGGACACAGAGAGCAGGGUGAUGCACAAAGGGCUGUACGAGCUGGGGAGGAUGCAGCAUCCUGCAGGAGGAGCAGAGACAGGGAGGAGCAUCCACCUGCUGCAACCGGGGCUGCCAGCCUGUGUGCCACAGUAACUGCUGCAGAGGGGUGGGGGGGAUACUCACUGAGCCAGCACCCGGAGGGGGGCACCCACUGAGCACAGGUGAGGAGGGCACUGACUGCUCCAGCGCAUCACUGGGAACUCACUGCACCAGCAUCCAUCCUCCAUAGAAGACUCCUUCAGCCUAGAAGCCAGCAGUGAGCAGAGAGGGCACACAUCCACAGGAGAGAGGGCACAUCCUGCAGCACCAUCAUCACCAGCCCCAGCCAUGUCAAGCUGCCUUCUUCUAGAUUUUCAUUCAUGAAGUUGUCAAUCCAACAUGUCCGACAAUCACAUCAGUGAGGAAUCAGCAGGUUCCACAGUCCACAUUGAGGCAGAAGAUAAGCGAUAUCAAAUGGGUCCUUUUAGCAACAGUGCCCAUCAAUAAAUCUUUGGUGCCCAUCAACUUGAUGCUGGUUUACCAGUUGCCCUUCCUCUGGAAACUUUUGAAUGAAAAGGUUAUCUCAUUUAUUGGCACAAUCUCCCGCUAGUCUCCCAGCGGUGCAUAAGCAGGACAGAAUAUACAGGUGUUGAAGAAUGCAGGAUGCCAAUACGACGUGCCCAACAAGCAGCCUGCAGAUUCCUCUUGGAGGCCCAGAGAUAAGACGGGGAUGCACUCUUCAAGGUUGGACGUGACUGGAGACAUAUGGAGUGAACACCAGAGCGAUAAAUUGAUGGAUGGCCAGGACGAUAGAGAAACUGCUCCCCAAGCAGCCACCACACUUCUGAUUAAUGGGAUUCGAGGAAACGAGCCACAUGAUCCUGUGGAUGAUGUGAAGUCCUUUGAUGCUGCAGAUGCUCCUGUCACAUUUCCAGCCUUAAAUCAAAAAGAAAUCCAUGCCUGUCACAGAGCAUUGCCACCCAUCAUUUCCAAAGAGCCUUGCAUGCUGGGUCCUCCUUCUCCACUACGUUUGCCAGAUACGGCAGAACAUGUUAGCAAUGACGCGUCAGCUCAGGCCAUAUCCUUGACAACCUGUGUCACCAAAGGCCUCAGUUCUUGGUCUUUGCCCAGCGACAGUGAGAAAACACCUUUUACCAUUAUGGAGCCUGGGGCUAUGUCAACCUUGACUGGAGACUGCUUGAUGCAACAAAGUCGGACUUGUUUGGGUUGUUUUAUAGAAACAAAGGAUGGAGUGGACCCAGAACCUGGUGUUAGUUUGAAAAUAGAAGAUAUAAGUAGAGACUAUGAUGCAUGUCCAGUUUCUGACAUGGGGAUUCACUGCAUGAGUACAGCCGACAGUCUUAAAUAUGGUGAUCAGCUGCUCUCCGACCAGCUCUUAAGCUUCCCUGUGCAUAAAUCACAAGAGUCUGAUAAAAGGGACCAUGACAAAUCUGACAGCGAUUCAGAGGACCCCACUCAAAAGAACUAUUAUGAUGGUUUACUACUGGACAAGUGCAAUGGAGAUGAAACACUGCUGGCUAACCCUAACCAGGAAUGGGGGUACUUUGAGUCAUUUAUUAGUGAGAGCAAAAUUGAACUACUUGACUUGUGCUCGAAAAAUGAGCUGUCUGUUAAUUUGUUUUCAGAAGAAGAUGUGGAUAAUUACAUGUUUGACGAUGAUGAUUCUACGCUCGGCAGUGAUGUGUGCUCCUUGAAAAUCAGGUAUGAAUCAUUUCAGGACAAUGUGAGAGAGAAGACAAAUGCCCUACAAGAAGAUGCUCAGUUUAAUUUCUUCCCAAGUGUCUUCACUAACUGCCCCAAAAGAGAAGGUAAAGGAUCAAAAAAGAGGUUAGUUGACCCAUCUCAAUUCAAACUGGAAGAAGGUGGGAUAUGGGAAGAUGAUGAUGAUGAUGACGACGAUGAAGAAGAGGCUGAAGGUGUCAAAUCUAACUUAAAUAAGACCUGUGGGACUAUGGACGUUGUGCAAUAUAUAAGCACGAAAAGAAGCCAUUUUUUGGAUUCUGUUAAUUCAGCCGAAGACUCAGGCGAGUAUAGUGAUGAUAGCUCAUGCAGUGAAUCUUCAUAUGAUGUGUUAGGAGACAUCAAAGACUGUACAAGAUACCUAUCACGUGAACACUCUCAUUCCCUUAUUCAACCCAAUUAUGGUCUGAGGGUGAAAAGGAAAGUCAGGUACAGUGAUGACUACUUAUAUGAUGUGGAUUCACUCGAGAAUGAAAAGGUUGUUGAGAAGAAAGAAGGAGCACCAGAUGGACCCAAAGAAGAAGAUGAUGAUGACUGGUGCCCUAAGAAACGUCGGAAAGUUUGCAGGAAAGAGCCACCUGUCAUCAUCAAGUACAUCAUCAUCAAUAGGUUUAAAGGCGAGAAGCACAUGCUGAUCAAGCUUGGAAAGCUUGAUGCCAAUGAGACAACAGUCACUUUGAGUGAUGAUCAGCUGGGAAAAUACCAAAAGCUUGCUCCACCUAAAGAGUAUUGGGAAGAAAAAAGGAGAAACACUUCAGCCAUCAGUGCGCAGAGGAGUCUUAAUGAAAGUGAGAAUGCCCUUACAAAAAGGAAGAGAAAAGGACAGCUAGCAAACAGACACAGGUUACAGAGGAUACAAACAAUUGAACAACCAGUAAGCAGGGAGAUGCUCUCUUCUUUUGACCAUAGACAGGGAUGCAGUAGCAAAGAUGAGGCUAGCCUUACUGAAUUGCAUUCUAUAACUCUGGAAACCCCAAGCUGUGUUAAUGGAUUACACUUAAGUGACAUGGCAGAGGUUGCCCCAGUAAAAUGUAGAUCUUUAGAAAGGGAGUUGAAAUGUGCUGACAGGAAAGUGAUAAGAAGGAUAAAAUUUAAAAGUGAAGCCAGGUUGAAAUGCAAACAGCUCAAGCUGCAGCAAGUGAGUGAAAUUAGUACAGCAGAUCCAAUAGAAAACUUCCCCGCCAUUGAGAGUCAGGAUUCAGCAGUUCUGUUGAAAGAAGAAAACAUUCACAGUGCAUCAGACAGUUCCCAUCCAUCUCAGUGCCAUGUUGAGAAUGAAGCUAAAAAUUCUCAAUUCCUGCAAGCCACCUGCUCUCCUGACAAGCCAUUACCAUCUGCCCACAUCACUACCAAUGUACCAGUUAUCCCUGGAGGGUAUCUACAGACUUUGUUAGAUGUAUCAGAUUCAUCUAGUGGCACUGGUAUAACAUACUUUGCCCCUCAUCCCUUGGGGCAGCACUCAGUUAACAUCAUGCAGACAGAAAAACAGUUCAGCUCCCUUCAACUUGCACAGAGUUGUGUGCUUUCCCCCCCUUCAGAGUCUGAGCUGCAGCAGUCACCCCAUCACUUAGAUAUGGAGCAGAGCUUCCCAGACAUGUGGCAUGGCAAGCCCCCUAGCAGUCAGACUGAGUUCAUAUCCAACCUUAGGGAAGUGUCCAUCAUAUCAGGAGAUUUUAGCGGUUCUGCUGCUGUAUCAGAUACAGACAUGACAGCCUCUGGAUAUAGUCAAGUUCAACCGAACAGCAGCAAACAGCUGUACCACAAAACAUACUUGCAAGAAGGCCAGAUUCAGCAGGAUGACUCUUAUCAGGCCUGUCAUUAUAACAGUGGCGAUGGGCAUUUUGUUUUGCAGAGAGGCACACUCAGUACAGACAAUGGAAGGCUUAUUAGUUUUGACUCAGUAGGCUCAUUGUCAGUUAGUUCUAGUAAUUACAGCUCUUUAAGCAUGAAAUCUUGUGAAAAGGAUGGAGACGAUGAAAUAAGUGAUGAUUUCUUAGCUCACUGCAGCCCCAAACUUGUAAUCCAACAGAGCAUUGAUGAGAUCACCCCACUGAAGGAAUCUACUGACCUACUGGACAUCUCCAACUUUACCCCCGACAAAUUUCGCCACUCAUCACUAUCAGAGAUGUCACCACCAGACACCCCCAAUCUCUCCCCUCAAAUUACAGCCACAGAUGCAAAGUCUGUAGGAAAUAUAAAGGCUUUUCAAAAUGGAACCCAGGGAGUGCUUAAUGGACCAGAGAAGCCUAAAUGGAACUGUACUGUUCUUCCCCCACAGGAGCAGACCAAUAGUGGCUUUGCACUCAAUAACCAUCAGUUUCAGUUUCACAUGUUUAAUGAUGAAGAUUCUGUCAGUGUUCUGGAGAAAGGCCCAUGUUUGCCAGCAUUUGAUGAAUCUGCUGUUCCCGUCCAUACCAAUGGCAAAGCCUCAAAGUCAAAAAAGAAACUGUCUACUAGCAAAAACACAGGUGCCAACCAAAGUUCUUCUCCAAAAAGUAGCAAGAAAAAAAACCCUAAAGCCUGCAAGGGGGCAGAUAAAUCAAAGACUCCUCGACAAACAGCCCCCAAAACACCCAAGAAAGGAAAAAAUGCCAACAGUGAAAAAACCCAAAGUGCAGGCAAUCGAUCAGGUCUAUUGAAUAAUGCAAACCCAACAAAACAGACUUUAUCUGACUGCAUGAAGCUUUACGAGCCUGGCUCAUCUAAGACAGGGAAGCACAUAGCUGGGAUCAAUGAAUGGACGCUUGAUAAAGGUAACAAGACUCCUUGGUCUGAACCUAGGGUAGGAAAUGGAAAUCUUCUUGACGAUGAUCAAAGAGAAUUUGAGGAACCCUCUAACAUUCUUUCCAAUAUUGCAUCUGGAAUGGCUGAUGUUCAAAGGUUCAUGAUGGCGUCAAUGGAGCCUUUUUACAACCCUGUGGGGCCCAGCGACAUCCCUGAUAUUCUACUGUCUCCAGAGUCAAACAGCCUAAAAUUGAAAACCUUGAAAAUCUUGGCUGGAACACCACAAGAUUUUAAGAAAAAGGUAAAUGGCAGCUCAGUGGGGGGCUCCAAGAAGUCAACCAACAAGGGCUCAGGUAAGAACAGUGCUAAGCUUGGAGCCUUUGAUCCAAGCUGUACCAUAGGUUAUGGAGCCAACCUUCAUGCAGCCUUCUUUGAUAAGAACUUUGGAAACCUCAGUAUUUUAACCAAUAAUGUACCAACACACAAAAAGUUGUAUCGUCAUAAAUCCACAUCUAAGUCUCUGCGAGAUGAAAACUGUAAAGGGAAAAGAAUAGACCAAGCACACAAGGACCCCAUGGUCACAGCUGCAUUUGAAAAACUGAGGUAAUGUUGCACCAAAAGCUCUAAAGCGCAUUUUAUUUUAUUUUCUUCGCAUUUGCCAAGCCUGCUGGUCCUUGUUUAGUUCUCUUUUUAAAACCAAUCUUUAAAAGCCUAAAGCUGCAUGAUAGUCAUUGCCUUGCAAAUAAAGAAGAGGCUGCGCAUGACAAAUGCUAACAAGCUACCUAAAAUCACUGGUUCCUGACUUGGCUGGGUUUUACAAUGACUAAAGGCUAACAAGAACUUCUGUUUUCUGCUCUUUGGCUCCUUUAUUUACAUUUUGUGCUUCUUUGUAUCUAUCGCAAAGAUUUACUUUCUUUUUUUAUGUUUUUGUUUUUCUUCCAAAAACCUUGUAAAAUAUAAACAAAAAGGUACAAAAAAGGAAAAUUAUGCAUUGAAACGCCACAAUGUGGAGUCUAUAGGAUUUGAAACACAUAUGUUGGUUAGGUUCAUGUGGUCCCAUGAUGUGUCCUUCAGCUCCCCCUGCUGCACAUUCUCAAGAUCUGCAUAGGAGAUUCAAAAUGUGUGAAACUCUUUAUUGUCCCACCAACUGCAAUGAGCUGACACCGUGCAUUUUCCUCUGCAGGAAUUGGAGAAUGCAUUUAAAGCAGAAGAAAAAAAGAAAAAAACAUUUUAAAUUAAAAAAAAAAAUAGACUUUCCUUUUUUUUCUAGAAAAAAAAAUACAUUGAUGUUUAUGUUUUGCUUCUUUGGAAAAUUAUAUGCCUUGUGGUUUGUUGAUCUGUUAAGUGCUGAAAUCCAGGGUUUACAUUGUGAUGACUUGUUUGAAGGGCAGCUUAAUCUGGUAUUCUCUGUGAAAGACUGUUUAAAGUCAUACUUUUGUACAGUAGUUAAUGCACUAUUACAACCCACAAAAAAAAAUUGUGCCAAACUCUGAUCUGUGACUGUACAUAUUUUUAUUAAAUAAAUAAAA